ACCUCCCCAACAACAAGCCCGACGCCACGCCCCUUCCGGCCCCUCGGCCCAUCCUGGGCUCCUCUCGGCAACCGCUCCAACAGCGGGUCCCGCAGCCAUGCUGGGCGCGGCAGGGCAGACCCCGCGGGCCUCGCCGCCGCCGCCGCUGCCGCCCGGCGCCCUCCGUGGCCUCUGCGCCUGGCUGGACGGGCUCCCGCUCAGCCGUCCCAAGCGCCACUUGGCCCGGGACUUCAGCGACGGCGUGAUGCUGGCAGAGAUUGUGAAGCAUUUCUAUCCCCGGCUCGUGGACCUGCACAACUAUGUCCCCACCUGCAACACUGACCGGAAGCUCAGCAACUGGAGCACUCUCAACAGCGUUUGUGUCCCUGUCCCCUGGAGCCUCUCCAUCCGCCCAGACUCCUGGGGGCUCCUGGCCAAGUGGACACCUCCGAUCAGCUUGAGAGCCACUUGGCAGGUGUCCCGCGGGCCCGUGCUGACCACACCUCUCACUUCCUGCCUCAGCAGUAAUCAUGGGAAAGUCUUUCACAAGCUUCGUUUGUGGGUCUCAGAGACGGAUAUCCGAAAGGUGGUGGCCAACACGCCCGGAGCCAUCGAGCCCAUCUUGUGUGCACUGAGGGAAAAAGUGACGGAUGGUGCUGCCCACCAGCACCCGCCGGGCACCGCCGGCCCAGGCCCCUCCGGCGGGAUUGCUGACGGACCGUGGGCAGAGCUCUGCGCCCCUCGGCACGCUGGUGGUAUCCGUGUCCCUGGCUUUGGAGAACUGCGGCCACGUCAGAGGGAGGAGUUCGCACUCCGGGAGGGCAGGGGCGUCCUGGCUUCCGACACCACGCAGGCUGCAGCUUCCCAAGUGGGAGCCCUCGGCCUGUCCACACCGCAUGCAGGCCUACCGGGCCCCACGGCGGCCUCCAGUGUGAAGACCCCUCAGACUCCAGAGAAGACAGGCUGCUGUGUGUGCACAGGUGGGGGCCCAGCGGGUGGACCCUGGGGGCACCUGGACUCCGGGCUGCAGCAGCUGCUGGAGGAAAAGGAGCAGGCGCUGGCUGUCCUGCAGGAGAUGGUCAAGUUCCCAGCCCCCAGAGCCCACAGGGGCGCUAUGGACAGCGACAGCCACCAGCACUUGGAGUCACAGGCCCAGCGGCUGGGGAUGCUGAGUCAGGGAGCAGAAAACACUCUCGCAAGGCAUGUGCCUGGUCCUGAGGGCACCUGCCUGGUCCUGCCCGGCCCUGUUUGCCCGUUGGCCCUGUGAGCGCCCUGGUAUUCCUCUCCUCCUUCGCUGAGGGUCUCCUCUGUUCCUGGGCUCGGGAAGUGCUCCAGCUCCUUGCUAACAUAGAGUGCCCCUGCCACAUGACCCCACCCUUGCGCCCGUCCACCCUGGGAGCACAGGCUGCCCUGCAACAGUGGAGGGAGGAUGGGAGGGGUGCGGGCCACCCCAGUCGGGUCUUGGAGUGAAAGAGGCUGUCAAGAAUUGUGAAGUCAGCGUUGGUCCCCAAUGUCGAUGAGCUGUUUUCCUGAGGAAGCAGGAAAGUGA